CCCCUCCAUUCACCCCUCCACCGUUUCACCCACGCUCCAAACAUCACAAAAUCCCGCUCAAACACUUUUGCAACAAGUUACCAUAAGCCUCCUGCUUCCUCAUCCUUAAAACCACAGUUUCGAGUAGCAUGUGCUCGGCCCUACGACGAUCUUGCUAGCCCUUUCUAUCAAAGCCGAGCCUCAUCCCUGCACCGAACAGGUCCACACCGACCUCCGGACUACACUUCAGAGCUUGACUGUUUCCGAGCUCUGCUACGGCGCGCAAACAACGACACCCCGAUCUCGUAGCAACCCUGAGCUUGCUCGGAAGUCCCGGCCCAGGUUAAGGUCAAUCUCGUGUACAUCGCGAUCGGCACCCAGAAUAUAACCAUCACAAUGGCCAACCAAGCGAACCUUUACUCGUUCCCAACCGUGGACGCGCUCGCCCCGGCCCUCCGUCGCUACGUCAUCUCGUGCCAGGAGGCCGGCCUGGCCCGCCACGGCGUCUUCAAGGUCGCUGUGUCCGGCGGCUCGCUGCCCAAGACGCUCGCGCAGGCCCUUCUCGCCGAGCCCACUUCUCCCACCGACACCGUCAAGUGGGACAAGUGGGAGAUCUUUUUCGCCGACGAGCGGGCCGUGCCCCUCGACGACGCCGACUCCAACUACGGCCUCCUCAAGACCGAACUGCUCGACAAGCUCCCCGUCGACACCGCGCCGCCGACCGUCCACCCCAUCAACACGGAGGUACUUGGCGACACGCAGGAGCUGGCCGACCAGUACGAGCAGACGUUGGUGCGCAGCUUCGCCGGGCGCGACUCGGUGCGCCUGCCCAUCUUCGACCUGCUGCUGCUCGGCUGCGGGCCCGACGGGCACACGUGCUCGCUGUUCCCAGGUCACGAGCUGCUCCGCGAGAACGAUGCCUGGGUCGCGCCCAUUGAGGACUCGCCCAAGCCGCCGCCGAGACGGGUCACGCUCACCUUGCCCGUGGUCACGCACGCGGUGCGGGUGGCGUUCGUCGCAACGGGCGGGGGCAAGAAGGAGAUCAUGAAGGAAAUAUUUGAGGGGGGCAAGGGUCUGCCGUGCGCGCUGGUCAAUGAGCGGUGCGGCGAGCGGUGCAGCUGGUUUGUGGAUAAUGCUGCUGUUGAGGGAGUCAGCUAUCCUAGGAGGCCGUUCAAUCUAUAGACUGGGGUUGGGGGGUAUGGGAAAGGAAAUUCGGUGGGAUCGAGGAAGAACACAACGUUUUUGAAGGAUAAAGUCCCUCAGUGACCUCGGAAGGAUGAAAAACAAAAAAAAAGAAAAACUUUGGGACGGGCCAGCCUUCGUCUACGAUUUGAUAUCCCGCUUUCCUGUUACUUUGCCUCUUUGCGACGUCUGCGAGAGGAUGGACUGGAGUCUACCGGAGGAUGUUUUGUGGGCCGGCGGUGGCCGGAGAUUGCUAGGGACGAUAGCUCCGUCGUUCCCUUCCUCGUCAUGGCGGUGUUUUAAACAUGGGUACUGUAUCUAGCUUCAUAGAGCUAAAAUGCGAUUAGGUUUCCGCUCAUG